AUGGCCCAUACUGCCGUUGCCAACACUCGAACAAGACCUGUCACCACUCCCGUUGUUGCACAGCACGACAAGUACGCCGCCGACAACAUGACGCGAUCAGCUUCCGCAGAGCCCACGAAGCCCACCAAGCGCAAGGGUACGCAUUAUCAACUUCACUCCUCGAGGGAUGGAGGCGUCGACGACGACGACGACGUAUACUACAAUAUGCCUUUGUCGUUGUCGCCGCCGCCGCCUUGA